CGCACAUUGAAGCCAGACCACAUGCAUCUCUCCCAUCCUUGACUUGAGAUCUUCUUGCUCCCGAAACUUGAAGAAGCAGAGGCACCAAGCUCUGUCUCUAGGACAGGCAUGGAGGAAGAGACGCCUACCACGGCUGGUCCGGGACCGGGACGGAAACACGAUGACGGCGUCGACUCGGAGGAUCCAGUGAGCACCCGCAAUGGCAUCAGCUCCCUCCAGCAGCCGCUGCUGAAGAGAAGCAACACCCUGACGGCCAACCACCUCGCCAUGGUCGGCGCCAAGGUCUCGCACAUUGAGAGCCUCGACUACGAGAUCAUCGAGAACGAUCUGUUCAAGCACGACUGGAGGAGCCGGUCCACCGUGGAGGUGCUGCAGUACGUGUUCCUCAAGUGGGCGCUGGCGUUCCUGGUGGGCCUCCUCACCGGCGUCAUCGCGUCGCUCAUCAACCUCGCCAUCGAGAACAUCUCCGGCAUCAAGAUGCUCCACAUGGUCCAGCUCGUCCGGGAGAAACGGUACUGGGCAGGGUUCUUCUACUUCUCCGGCUUCAACUUGGCGCUCACGUUCGUCGCCGCCGUGCUCUGCGUCGUCUUCGCCCCCACCGCCGCCGGCCCGGGCAUCCCCGAGAUCAAGGCAUACCUCAACGGCGUCGACACGCCCAACAUGUUCGGCGCGCCGCAGCUCAUUGUCAAGAUCAUAGGUAGCAUCUGCGCGGUGUCGUCGGGGCUGGAUCUCGGCAAGGAAGGCCCGCUGGUGCACAUCGGCGCGUGCCUUGCCAACCUGCUCAGCCAGGGCGGCUCCGGCCGGUUCCGCCUCCGCUGGAAAUGGCUGCGCUACUUCAACAACGACCGCGACCGGCGCGACCUCAUCACCUGCGGCGCGUCGUCCGGCGUGUGCGCGGCGUUCCGGUCGCCCGUGGGAGGCGUGCUGUUCGCGCUGGAGGAGGUGGCGACGUGGUGGCGGAGCGCGCUGCUCUGGCGCACCUUCUUCAGCACGGCGACCGUGGUGGUGGUGCUGCGCGGGUUCAUCGAGGUGUGCCGCGGCGGGCGGUGCGGCCUCUUCGGCGAGGGCGGGCUCAUCAUCUUCGACGUCAGCGACGUCACCGUCCGGCACGGGCUGGGCGACCUCCUCCUGGUCACGCUCGUCGGCGUCAUCGGCGGCGUCCUCGGCGCGCUCUACAACCACGUCCUCCACAUGGUGCUCCGGCUCUACAACCUCAUCAACGACAAGGGCCGGAUGGCGAAGCUGGCGCUGGCGCUGGCCGUGUGCGUGUUCACGUCGGCGGGGCUGUACGUGCUCCCAUUCGCCGUGCCGUGCACGCCGUGCGACCCGGCGUUCGGCACGGCGUGCCCGGCCACCGGGAGGAGCGGCAACUUCAAGCAGUUCAACUGCCCGGCCGGGCAGUACAACGACCUGGCCACCCUCCUGCACGCCACCAACGUGGACGCCACGCGCAACAUCUUCUCCACGGGCACCCCCGGCGAGUUCCGGCUGGACUCGCUGCUCAUCUUCUUCGCCAUAUACUGCGUGCUGGGGCUCUUCACCUUCGGCAUCGCCGUGCCGUCGGGGCUCUUCCUGCCCAUCAUCCUCAUGGGCGCCGCCUACGGCCGCAUCGUGGCGCUCGUGCUCCAGAGCGCGGUGGGGGCGAGCAUCGACCACGGGCUCUACGCCGUGCUGGGCGCGGCGGCGCUCAUGUCGGGCUCCAUGAGGAUGACCGUCUCGCUCUGCGUCAUCUUCCUGGAGCUCACCAACAACCUGACCCUGCUGCCCAUGACCAUGUUCGUGCUGCUCAUCGCCAAGACCGUCGGCGACGCCUUCAACCCCAGCAUCUACGAGAUCAUCCUCGACCUCAAGGGGCUUCCCUUCCUAGAACCCAAGCCGGAGCCAUGGAUGAAGGAUCUCACCGUGGGCGAGCUCGCCGCCGCCAAACCGCGCACCAUCAGCCUCCAGGUGAUCGAGAAGGUGUCCAACGUCCUGGAGGUGCUGCGGAGCACCGGCCACAACGGGUUCCCGGUUGUGGACCGGCCGAGGCCCGGCUUGUCGGAGCUGCACGGGCUGGUCCUCCGGUCGCACCUGGUGGCCGUGCUGAGGAAGCGGUGGUUCCUGGCGGAGAAGAGGAGGACGGAGGAGUGGGAGGCCAGGGAGCGGUUCUCGUCGGUGGAGCUCGCCGACAAGAACUGCAAGAUCGACGACAUCGAGCUGACGCCGGAGGAGCUGGAGAUGUACAUCGACCUCCACCCGUUCACCAACACGACGCCGUACACCGUGGUGGAGACCAUGUCGGUGGCCAAGGCCGUCGUGCUCUUCCGCUCCGUCGCGCUCCGGCACAUGCUCAUCAUGCCCAAGUACCAGGGCCCCGAGAUAUCUCCGAUUGUGGGGAUCUUGACGAGGCAGGACCUGCGGGCGCACAACAUCCUCGGCGCGUUUCCUCACCUGGCGAACAAGAGCAAGACGCACUGAAGCUCAAGCUGAAAGCUAAGACCAUUUUUGGGAAAUAUUACCGUCAGACAUGUUUCUUGUCUUGAAGCAAAGAGAACAUGACUCACUUGUCUCACUUGCUUAUACGAGACAAGACACCAUUUUUGGGAUUCUAUGUUUUCUUCCUUCUUUUCUCUUUCUGAUUCAGCCAUUCAGGAUUGGUUUGAUUUUCUGCCCAUGUAAAAUCACGCAUGCACGUGUCCAAAAUACACACACACAUACACACACCAGUUUUUUUUAAUGUUUCAGAAAAGAUUUGGAAAGCGAAAUGUUCCAACU